AACUUAUCGUCUGGCUGAAACGCGAUGUUUACUAUUUCCAAAUAAAGGUUUACUAGUAUGUGUGCAUGUUAAACAACAUCGUCCGUUGACUAUAUAGAUAGAGAGAUGCUAGUCCUGAUAUAAAAUUCACCAUCAUCAUCUACUCAGUGGGGAUUACAGCUGCUGCGAAAAUGGUGCUAACAGAGGCAACUUCAAGUACUUUCAAUUAUUUUGCUUUCGGGAGCAAUCUUUUCUCGAAAAGAAUCCGCAUGGAAAGCCCUACUGCAGUCAGAAAAGGAAUAGGAUUUUUAGAGAACUAUAGAUUAGAUUUUUUCCACUACGCUGCACGAUGGCGUGGCGCACCAGCAACUAUCGUAGAAGACAAAGGCCAUCGAGUGUGGGGAGCAAUCUGGGAAAUCGGUAUUGAAAAUCUUCCCGAUCUAGACAAGCAGGAAGGUGUUCAUAAUCAAGUGUACAAGCCAUUGACGUUGCCUAUAUGCACCACAAAGGGAGAAACGCUUCAGUGUCGCGUUUAUCAGCUUGUAAAAAAUCCACCAAAACUAGAAAGUAUUGAAGAAACCCGACCAUUUGAGCGGCAGCCGUCGCAAACCUAUAUGAAUAUCAUAAUUCGAGGAGCAACAGAAACCGGGUUACCAAUUGAAUAUGUAGAAUAUCUUAAUACUAUUAAACAUAAUGGACACUCCGGGGAUCCCCAUUUCGAGAUAGACCUGGCCGUUCAGGACAAAUUGCAUUAGGAAGAGAAUGUGAUUUUCAAAAUUAGUUAAAAACCGAUGUCUACGGUUAAAACAAAUGGACAAGGCGUUUCUAUAAUGAGUACAGUGUGUAUCGAUUUUUUUCUAAAGCAUAGCUUUCCUUUUGUCGACCCAAUA